GGCGCACAGCCAAUGAGGAGUGCGGAUUCUGCCCCACUGGACGUGAAUGUAUAUAUAUAUCCUCACUUCACAACGCCAGCGUCAAUCACUUUCUCCAAAGGUCGGUCCAUUUCAACCUGCAAUUGUAACUAGCAGAUCAUGUCUCACUCAGGUGCUCAAGGUAGCAUUGGCAGCCACUCUGCCAUUGGGCUGCGCAAUUCAAAGAUCUACCUCUAUGAAUACGAGAACUUCCAAGGUCGUAGGAUGGACCUGUUCGGAGAGUGCCGUAACCUUUGUGAGAAGGGGUUCGAAAGAAUUGGCUCCAUCAGGGUUGAGAGUGGACCCUGGGUGGGUUAUGAGCAGCAGAACCUGACCGGGGAGAUGUUCAUUCUGGAGAAGGGAGAGUACCCCCGCUGGGACACCUGGUCCAACAGCUACAGGUGCGACCGCUUCCUGUCAGUCAGGCCUGUCAAAAUGGACCCCCAGGACCACAAGAUUUGCCUGUAUGAAAGUACAAACUUCGAGGGUCGUAAAAUGGAGGUGUGCGACGAGGAUAUUCCAAGCCUGUGGUCUUAUGGUUUCCAGGACCGUGUGGCCAGCAUUCAGGUCACUGGUGGAACCUGGGUGGGCUACCAGUACCCUGGCUACCGUGGCUACCAGUACGUGUUCGAAAUGGGCCCUUACAAGCACUGGAACGACUGGGGAGCCCACCACCCCCAGAUCCAGUCCAUCCGCAGGGUGAGAGACAUGCAGACGCACCGCAGGGGCUGCUUCGAGAUGACCGCAUAGAGAGGAGCCCAGCAGACUGUGGGCCAACAGGAGGGAAUAGCAAGGGGUCUGGCUUGCCAUGCUGCUACCCAUCCCUUGGGAAUUCUUCAAGAGCCACACAAGCUAACGGCUCUUGAAUAUUGUUAAUGCUUUUACUGGUAGGAUUUGGGAGUAUGUGCCACCAUGAAUGAUUCUGAAUGGGAUGAGAAGUUCUGACUGUCACCGACUUCAACAGUAACACUAGUAAAAUCAGUAGCAAUGCUCUCUGUCUACAGACCUCAUUUAGAAAGAUCACAUGAGUGAUCAUAUUUAUGAAAGGGGGGAAUAAAGGGGAUUAGUAGAUUUGAGUUUGUGUUUACAAGUUUGUUUCAGGGCUUUUUGCAACCAUGCCUGCAAACUUUUGAUUUUAAUCUUUUUUUUCAUUUACUCACCUAUGUGUGUCAAGCCGAAAUGAUGCCAAUAAGCCUGUCCAUCAAAGCGCUCUCCCUCUCCUGAGAUCUGCAGAUUUUAGAGAGUUAAGGGACAGACAAGUCAUACCACUCCUCACAAAGUCCUACCAUGGACAGCUCUCAGCUCUGCACAUGCCCUGCAGUAAGGUUACCAGGCAGAGGGAGGCACUAUCUCCUCAUCACAGAGCCGAAGGCUCACCUCAGUGACUGGAGGAGGGCACCGGCAUGUCUGUGACCAGACAAGAGAGGUGGCUGUGCAGGGUUGUGUUUUGCAGAUGUGAAUAUCCUUUCUUGUCAGCUCGUUGACGGGUCUGUCCAGAGGAUUUGCAUUUUACACUUUCUCAGGGAUGCUGGCCUCUGGAAAGCAACUUUCCAAUGGAAAAAAUAAAUGAACAAAUAUUAUACCUGAAA